AUGUCAUCCAUCGUCGACCGCCUCAACGCCCUCAAGGCCCAGGAGGACAUUCUCCCCCUCGACGACUUUGCUCAACAGCUCAAGGACCUGCACCUCGAGGAACGUGCCCAGAUCAAUGCGUCCUGGACAGCAAUUGCCCACGAAAAGGCCCGUCACGUCGCAGAGCGUAGUGAUGCCCAGAAACGCCUCGCCGACGCAAAGCGCCGUCAAGUCGAGGCGGCGCAUCAUAUCGCCGCAGCCCAGCGCCAACUGGACCAGGCGCGGCGUGAAGUCGCCGACGUCGAGGCCGAGAUUGCCAGCACCGACUCGCGCAUUUCUACCCUCGCAAAGGACAUUGAGAAGGAGUACAUUGCGCUAGCGGCGCACGUCGACUCCCCGGCGUACCAGUACUUUGCCUCGUUUAUGGUCGCCCACCCAGGUCUUUUGAGCCCACGGAGCACGCCGUCGAGCAAGACCGUUUCGCUGCCGGCUAGCCCCGAGGCCAAGGCCAUUGACAAGAUCGAUGUCGUUGUCGAGGUCGUCGAGGUCGAUGUCGAGGUCGAGGCAUAA